AGCCAGUCAGCUGGUAGCUUAUCGCAAAAAAAGGUGCCUAAGUCGUGAUCAAACUUAAGGCACGUUUUGCACCGUGCUCCAGGUCCUCUCAGAUGAUUGUAGAAAUAAUUUGCCGCCUUAAUCAUACCAGAUUGAUCCGGUAGAGGCAAAAUCAAUCGAUUGCAAUUGCUCAGUGACGGGACAUUUUAUUUCAGCUUGUCCUACGGCAUACACAUGUGGUCCGAGAGUUAUCGACUUUUAUUGAAUGUUAUAUAUUGUGGUAUGGAAAAAUUAUUGGCAAUAAAUUGUACGUUGUACCAGACACUUCGCGUGCCUUGUGGUUGAAAAGGAAUUCAGUUGAAAGUGGACAUUUACAGUGAGCGGAUCAUUCAGUGUUGGUAACUAUGGAGCUGAAAAGUUGUGAAGUCAAGGAGUACAAUCCUUUCGAACACCGGAAGAUUGAGAAACCAAAUACAACGAUAGGCACUCUAAUUCAUCUGGUAAAAGGUACAUUAGGCACAGGAAUUUUGUCCAUGCCUUUGGCUUUCCGAAAUGGAGGAUUCGCAUUCGGUAUCGUUGGAACUGUCGUUUCCGGAAUCAUCUAUGCUCACUGUGUUUACUUGCUGGUUAGCACAUCCCGAAAAGCUUGCCGAAGAAGUUUCGUUCCUAUGCUGGGAUACACAGAAACAGUGGAAAAUGUCUUCACCUAUGGUCCACGAGGCGUUAAGAAAUAUGCUAUUUUGGCCAGACGCUGCACGGAUGCCCAGCUACUUUUGAAUAGUUACCUGCUGAUAUGUGUGUAUUUGGUCUUCAUCGGGAGCACGUUACGCGACAUAGUUCAACAUGAUUACCAAAUCGACUGGGACACUCGUGUGUUUAUCAUGCUUGCGGCUAUUCCAUUGAUUUUCACAACACAAAUACGUGAACUGAAAUACCUCGUACCAUUCUCGGCUAUUGCUAACGCAUUGAUCAUCACAGCGAUUGGUAUCAGCAUGUUUUUCAUUCUGAAAGAGCCAAUCUCACUUGAGAGUAAAAAUAUGUGGCCCGCUUGGAACACGUUGCCAGCCUUCAUAGGAACUGUCAUGUACGCUCUUUUAGGAAUUGAGUAUGUUCUUCCAAAUGAAAACAAAAUGAAACGUCCUGAACACAUGCUAGGUCAUUGCGGAGUUGUGAAUGUAGCCGUCUGUUUCAUUACCCUACUCUACACGAUGGUAGGUGCCCUGGGUUAUGCACAGUACGGUGAGGAAACCAAAGGUUCGGUUACUCUGAAUCUACCUGCCAAUGAUGCGCUAGCAAAAUCAACCCAAUUGUUAACGAUCACAGCAAUCAUCCUAUCCACUGGGCUGAUUAAUUACGUUCCGACGGAUAUCGUUUGGCGGAAGAUUCAGCAUAAAAUCCCUCCGAAACGUCAUAAUAUGGCACAAAUCUUGUUCCGUUUUGGGAUGCUGAUGGUGCUGACGGCAGUCGCUGCCGGUAUUCCGGAACUCGAACCAUUCGUUGGGCUGACUGGAUCGAUCAGUGGUGGCUCGUUGGUUGUAAUCAUUCCGGCCGUUAUCGAUACAGUCUUCCGGUGGCCAAAUGAAUUCGGAAGAAUGAAGUGGAUACUGGUGAAAAAUGUACUUGUUCUGAUGUUUGGCUUCAUAGUGCUAGGCAUUGGAACGUAUUUUAGCGUAGUGGAUAUUAUUGCAAUCUAUGAGUGAGAAUAAAGACAAUUUAAGGUUUUGUAA